CAGAGCUGCACGGACUGAGGUGGCUGCCACCUGUCGCGGCGUGGUGGCCGACAACCGCCCACCAUUGACAUUGCCGGCCAUUGAAGAAAGCGCACAGCUGCUCAGGUUUGUAUAAGUGGAUGUCAAACUCUCGAUCCGGACCACCUUGGAAUCCGUGAUGGUUUCUGGAUUUGCCAGGUAUUAAUCUUCGCCUCCUCUAUUGCGUCAAAGGGAUACCUUACACUCAAAACACGCAGCGACGAUCAGCACCUGCACCUUGCGUCUUUGACUCCUGCCUUUUGUCUCUCCUCCACAGGACCUCAAGCCAGGGCCCGCUUCCCCGAAUUGAUUUCGGUCCCGAAUUUGGUCUCCACUUGACAAACAUUUGACACUUCCAGUGCCUUGGAAGGCGAGGCUUACACUUCCAUUACGGAUACAUCAGCCAGCCAACCACCAAACACCACCAAAAGGAAACCUUGGUGCAAGCCACCAACGACGACCUCAUCCCUACCCGCAUCCGUCCCACGACAAUCCAACACUAACAAAGACGGCACAUAGCACACAAGUCGACGCCUCAGCCACCGCGGGCAGCUCAAGAUUUGGUCCAAUUGGCUUUUCAAUUGGCUACCUCAACCCCCUACUUGCGUGGAGGGGUCCAGGGCUCCCAGACAGUCCAGACUCCAGGACGUUCAGGCACCUCUUGACAGGUUCAACCCACCGGAUCCGUGCGCCGCAGCUCUUUUCUUGCUGCCUCCCGGUCGAUGGUUUGGAGGUGGCCAGAGGUCACAAACAUUCUGCUCUCCCUGGUCCUCGCUACCAACGGGAUACUAAUACACCCUCUGGCACCUUCUUUGUCGCCGACCAAGCGUUUUCUCUCCCUCCUGCAACCACCCAUUUACUUCCCGCGCCUUACCAGAGGCCAAAGAUUGAGACAGACACGGAGAGGGAACAUCGACACAAUUCACAAUCGAGUAGUAACGAAUCCCGGUGUGCCCACGGCAAUCGGCCGCAAUCAACAGACCUGAAGAAUAGUCUUCGACAUGCAAUCCUCGCUGUCGCCCGAAGUCCCACCUGCCCCGGGGAGCACGCACAGCACACACAGCAACGGGUCCCCGAACCAUCUGGCCAUGGUGCCCGACUCCGAGUCACCAGUCGACCGCGACUCGCCAAACGCAUCCUCCUCGGCGACCAGUGAAUCCCGAUCCCAAGGGCAACAGCCUCCCGUUGUAGCGGUCCCCGCUGCAUGUCUCGCCUGCCGCAGCAAGCAUCUCAAGUGUGACGGCCAGAACCCGUGCUCGCGAUGCCUGGGCUCCCAGUCCGAGUGCGUCUACGUCGCUUCGCGGCGCGGCUACAAGGGCCCGAGGAGGAAUAAUACCGCCAAUCCGAACAAGAGAGCGCGGUCUUCUUCCCCCACUUCCACCGUAGGCGUCGGCGACAACAGCUGUCCAAUGCUACUUGGCGCAAACGGCACUUCAGUCCCCACGACGAUGCAGAACGGAAUGGCAUUUAAUACUCCGGGCGUCGUGCUCCCAGACACGCCCAGCACCACCUUUGCCGCGACGCCCAACUUUUCAAAUCUGCAGCUCUAUCGGUCUUUCGGUGCUGCCAUCGGCUUCAACUCGACCCAGCUGGCCCUGGGCCAAUCUCAGCCUGGUGUACCUGCGCAAGUCCCCGUGCCUACCUUGGCUGAGCGAUGUCUCGACUCCUUUUACCACCAUUUCUAUGCCUCGCACCCGUUUGCCCUACCUAAAGAAUGGCUGCUCCGUAUUAUGAGAGACACCAACAUGGAGCCUCUCCUGGCUGCCAUUCGGUGGGUUGGAGCUCUCUUCCUCGAUGUGGGGCCUGCGCGGGCUGGCUUCCUGGAUGAGGCAUUGCGUCUGGUCCAAGAUCCAACAACUCGGAGGGACGGCUUCUUUGUGCAAGCCCUGAUCCUUCUAAUCGUAGGCCUCGACGGCAGCUGUGAGCAGGAAAAGGCUCGAAAUUUGCUCGGUGACGCCGAGCGUAUCGCUCUCGAACUUGGACUGAAUACCCGUGAGUAUGCGACGCAGUAUGGGCGCGGUAUUCCCGUGCUGGAGGAGAGCUGGCGGAGGACGUGGUGGGACUUGUUCGUUGUAGACGGCAUGGUGGCUGGUGUUCAUCGGCAGACCAACUUUCUUCUGUUUGAUGUCCCGGCCGAUGCAGCCCUCCCGUGUGAGGAGCACCAGUAUUUGUCUGGGAGCAUCCCGCCACCCUUAACCCUGACGGACCUGGAAGAUCAAGACUUUUCUGGCGACGAUAGGCAGUUCUCCUCAUUCGCGUACCGCAUUCUCGCAGGCCGGAAUCUUGGAAAGUUCAUGCGCGUCCCGCCAAUAUACGGCCCUGAUGAUGAGAACCUCGGGCGCAUCGAGGCCCUCCUGACCAACUGGAGGCUUCAUUUGCCGCUUUCCAAGAGGGACGCCCUGAACCAGAAGCUGCAGUCGGAUGAGAUGAUUUUCCAGGCCAGCAUGAUGACCAACGCGACAUCCAUCAUGCUUCACCAACCGCACUCUCAACUGGACUCCUCGCCAACACGAUCUGUAACAUCUUGCGCACCGCACCGACCGGUUCCAUCCGGAGACUUGUUCAACUCGCACACAAAUCACACGAUUGCGUCGGCUGCCGAGAUCAGCAAAAUGAUCACCCACCGCGUCCCUCUCCUCUCGCACACGCACUUCUUCACGUGCGUAGUGACGCUAUCCUCGAUCGUCCACUUGAGCAAGUGGGCGCUCUUCUUCAUCCCACACGACGACGACGACCUGCGACAGCAGAUUCGGCUCAACAUUGGCGCCCUCAACAAGCUUUCGGCGGUGUGGAAGGCGGCAGGCAACGCUUCCGGGCAGGUCAAGGGCGUCGCGCAGGAGAUUUACCGGUCCAAGAAGGCGUCGCAGAUCAACCCGACGUACUGGCAGGGUUUCACGCAGGACGAGGUGAUGAACAGCAUUGCGGCGGACGAGACGAUUAUGAACGAUAUUGAGACUGGGUUGAGCGGGAUACCGAUGCCGCCUCUCGACAACCUCCCUAGCUAGAGCUCGGGGAGGUCUUUUGUGCGUGCGAAUAUAGGACUGGACAGCGUGGCGUGAUACGCGAUUUGUUGAUUUAUUGGCGAUAUAUACCAGCUCGGGAGGCACGCCGAGCAGUGGAGGGCGUUUGAAAGGAGUUCUCCGUGAGAGACAAAUCUGUCUUGUUUAUAUUGGCCUGGACGGCAUAUAUCUCUGCUCAGAAUACACAGGCGGCGGCAUGGGGCCGCCAUGGAUUGUCAAUAUCAUUCUAAUCUACAACCGGGAAAGCAUUGGAGCGCAUCCCAGGCUUCAGCAUCAGAGGUUAGCUGUGUGCAGAAUUUUGUCAUAUUUCGAGGUUCCCCAUGGCUCCUCAGUCGGAAGUUCAAUUUCAGAGGUCCCUACGCCCCC